CGCUCCUCAAACAAACGCACAGAAGCACACAAUGACUCCACAGAUGAGCUGACAUCCAGCACAGAAGCCGUUUUAGGACAGAGCUUUGUCACCUUUUUCUCUGUUUUUGAUUGUUCAUUCAUACUAGAAGCCGUGUUUUUUUUUUUUUUUGUUUGUUUGUUUUUAUCUCUUUCAGCUGUCAUCGUUGGCACCAUGCAGACUGUCCCUGCCGCUGUCCUCCUCCUGACACUCCUAAAAGUGUCAGUGGGUAUCCAGGUGGUUGUUCCCCAACAGGAGCGCAGCACAGCCCUGUUCGCCUCGGUGACUCUCCGCUGUGACUUCUCCACCUCCGCAAACCUCCAAGAUGUUCUGGUUGUGUGGAAGUACAAGUCCUUCUGCAAAGAUCCAGUCCUGGAGUACCACUCCACAGCUUACCAGUCUGCACUUCAACUGGGUCAGGACCCAUCAAAUGACUGUCCAGACCGUCAGCGGACAGUACGCACCGUGAUCCAGAAGAGAGGAAGCAACGAGCCGACGCUGGGGGUAGAAUACAGGGAGCGCAGGAUCACCAUUCAAAACAAGGCCGACCUGGUGAUCACUGAGGUGAUGUGGUGGGAUAAUGGAGUGUACUUCUGCACCGUCACUGCUCCUGGAGACACCUCUGGAGACUCUGACAAAGAAGUCAAGCUCAUCGUCUACCAUUGGUUGACUGUGUUGUUCAUCAUCAUCGGAGCCCUCCUCCUGCUCCUCCUCUUCUGUAUCUGCUGUUGUCAGUGCUGUCCUCAGAGGUGCUGCUGUUACGUUCGCUGUCCCUGCUGUCCACAGCAGUGCUGCUGUCCUGAAAAAGCGGUGAUGCAGCAUCGAAUGAUGAAGGAGGCUCAGAGGGCCAUGGCUCCAUGGAUGGGAGGACAACCUGUGUAUGGACCAAUGAGUAACGCCUCGUCUCAGAUGAACCCACUGCUCUAUGCAGGAUCUGUCUCAGGAAAAAGCAUGCCUAUGAAGCCUAUGCCCCUCCCCCCUCCCCAGUCCUCAGCUUACAGCAUGCCCGCUCCCAGUGUUCACGGCACCCACACUCCCGCCAACACCAAUCAGAUGCUUGACUACCUGGAGAGUCAGGUGAGGGGGAUGGACAUGACCAGCCCUCUGCUGCAGCCCCAUCCAGCUCCUCCACCACACAUGCAGCAGAUGCCUCCUCCUCCUCAGCACAUGCCCACCACUGUCCCCUUUUCCCCAGGCCCUCCUAGUAUGAUCUCUGCUCUGGAUGAUGGUCCUGCAGAACGCCGGAUCAUCACGCUUCCACCAAUAAGAGAGCAGAACAUAGGCAGAAUACCGCCCCCUGCACCCAAGACCCGCCCCCCGAGUUCCAGCGAGAGUGGCCGUAGCGGCAUCGACCGCCGCAACGAUCGAGGAGCGGCAGGUAGACGCUACCCCUCGCCCACCCGCUCUAGAGGCAUUCCUAGGAGCUACAGCGAGGAGUCGUUAGAUGGGCCGAGUCGUGGAGGUGCACGAGGAGGAGGGGGAGGCAUGAACCGACCUCGCUCCCGUUCCAGAGAUGACCUGUUUGACAGCAGGUCCAGAGGAAACUACUCUCCUCCAGCAUCACGACGGUCGAGAGGAGGGUCCUGGAGCUCAGACGAUGAGGACAGCAGUCGGAGAGGAGGCGGUGGAGGGAGGAGAGGCGGCGGCGGCUGGGCUGACAAACCUCCGAGCUACACGGAGUACGAGCCCGGACAGAAGCCGGGUGCACGGAGGAACGGACACUACUCUGUAAGACAAUCAGUGCUUUAAUUUCCAAACAACCAUUCCUUAAAAUCACAGUUUUGCAUCUACACUAUUGCACUUACAACAAAUGCACAGUCAUCAAACAGAUGUGAAAUUUGCUGAUUGCUAAUGAAUUGAAUCUAAAGUUAGUGUCUCUCUGUCAGGACAAGAGUUCUCGCAGUGGCACCAGCGUCGUCAUCUGAACCUUCCAGCUGUGAAACGCCCUGCGAUCUCUUUCUGAAAGAGCAUGAACACCUCAUUUAUAACUGGGAGCUGCAAACUGCAAAGUCCCCAUGUUUUUAUGUCAGAGAAUGAAUUCAGAGUUGGCUCUUUGUUAAACUCUAGCUGCUGCAGAUAGAUUCAUGAAAUGUGUUAAUGAAAGAUUCUGCAAUUUGGAAUAAUCUUCCCCUUUUAACGAUGCACGUGGUGUGAGAAAUGUCAGCAAAGAAAUCACUUUGACAUCAGUCUGCUGUGAUACAUUCACUCUUUUACAUAUUUAAUAAGCACAUCUGUUAGUUUAUUACUGAAAUGGAAAUACUAUAGAUUUUUAUGUAGGUAUAUUAUCCUCCUAAGACCUGGGAAAUGUCAGCAAAGUACAAGCUCUUUUUGUUUUUUUUAUUAAAUAAGUGCCUACAUUGGAAACAUCAUCAUGCAACAGUUUUUUCAGAUGCAGUUUUUAAAAGUUUUAUGGAAUGUCCUUUGUGGUGGACAGUUUGCUUUUCUUUUUUGUAUAAAGUUGUGAAACUCUUGUCCACAAAUGUGGGCAGAAAACCCAUAGUUGGGUCUGCGGAGGGUAUAGGUGGAUUUAGAUCUAAGUCGAAGUCAAUUUGGAAAUAUGUCAGUGAAGUCUUACUUGAUAAAGCCAUGAAACCAUCAUGAUUUGGCACAGAAGAAAUGUCUUCCUCAGGGCCAUUCACUUUUUGUAUCUAAAACUCUUAUUGUUACAUUAGCCCAUAUAAAUGAGUAAACUGUGCCAAUUCUGAAAUAUUGUCUUUUUUAUUACUUUUGUAAAUAGUUUUAUGUUUCAUAUCUGCUGGAUGUCUUGAAAUGACUUGCAUUAUGUUACUAGUAUUUUGAAGGAAUAUAUGUAUAACUUAGUUGAACUAUAUACACAGAGUGCUUAUGAAUACAUGUAAACAAUAAGUUGAUAUGAAGUUGUCAUUGUGUCGUAAAAGAAGUACUGGGCCAAAAAUUAUAAAAUGCCACAAAGGUUGUAUAAUUUACAGAUUUGAGAACAUUGUGCAGCAACGUGAUGCCUUUUUCUAUAGUGUGCUUUAAGUAAAAUGCUUUUCCAUAUUUUUUGAUGGUCAUUUUCAGAGAUGCAUCCAUGUCUAUCAAAGGUUUUCUGUGAAUAUUUUAUUCUCUUUUACUGUUGCACAACAUACGGGUUGUGUUUUAAUAAAAUGAAUUUUGUGAAGGUAACAAAA